AUGCUGUCGCCUCGGUACUAUAACGGAUACGAUGAUUACUAUCGCAGCUCAUGGGCCUGGGAUCGGGAGACCAAACCCGGGGAAGAGCUUGCAUAUGACCCAAAAUACAUGCGUAUGUACACCGCGGAACUUGCCAUGACUGCCUUGACCGGGGCAGCCAUGUUCGGCUUCCUCAUCUGGACCUGCGGGAUCCGCCAGCCUACAAACUUCCUGUCCAAGAGGCGUCCGCUGCCGAUGGGCGGGAUCAGGUCUGCUCUGAUCUGUUGGAUUUUGGCGGACCUCCUAAGCUGCGUCUAUAUCGGUGUGGCCGUUGGCCAAGACGUCGUGAAAGAAUACUAUCAAAUCGCUCCCAUGCUGCAGAGUUUUUUCCAACACAUCUCGCAGUGUCUUCUCUUCUACGUGUUCUACAGCCUGAUCCAUCGGUUCCUCGACGGCCUCACCGAUGUGGGCCGGCCGUAUGCUGCUGUGAAUAUUAUCCACUGGAUAGUUUUGGGAGUUCUGUUCGUAAUGGGCAUGACAAGCUUUGCUCUCGAUGUCGUCAAUACAGUCUACUACGUCACAGAGGUUUAUAUACUACAGGUCGAAACCGCCGCCGAAAAGGUGUAUUGUGCCAACGCAAUUCUCCUUUUGGUAGCUUCGUUGGAGGUUUUGGCCUGGGCUGUUUUUGUGACUGUCAAAGGGGGCCGUGGCCGGUUUCGGUCGAGGAUUGCCGCCAUCUCUCUCAUCAUCGGCGCUUUCUUCUACUUUGCGCUCAAUCUGAUGUGGACUGUUCUUAAUAUUCGAAUCUACCUGUUUUAUUACAUCCCCCCAGACUACCUGGGUCUGCUGGAAUCUGUCCUCGACUUCGUUUUCUUCGUGGGGACCUACGUUGGCAUUCUCCUGUGCUGCGUGAAAUGGAAAUCCCUCAGCCCGCAGGACGGUGCUUGGCAGGCACAGCAGUAUUCCCAUCAGCAGCAGCCUUACCAGCAGCAGUUCUAUUCAUCCACGGGACCGUAUCGGCAGCAGCAUGGCCCCUGA